GUAUAAAGCCCACAGAGCCUGCCUUCGUUUAAGGGGUACGCUUGACGCUCAACACACUCGUUCUCUACACGUUCUUUUCCAAUCUUUGAAUUCUUCGAUCUUUACUUCGUCGUUCUCUUCAGACAGUCACUCUUUACAAGAACAAUUACUCCACCACCCGAUCAACUCCUCAAAGUUUCUACUCCAAGAUGAAGGCCUCCAUCUUCGCUCUCGCCCUUGCCGGUGCUGCUAGCGCCCACACUACUGUUUACAGUAUUUCUGUCAACGGAAAGACCCAGGGUCUCGGAAAUGUCCAGGGCGGAUACAUUGACUCUCCUCCAAACAACAACCCCGUGGUUGAUGUCACCUCCAAGGCUAUGGAGUGCAACGUAGCCAACAUCAAAGCUUCCAAGUCCGUUGCCGUCAACGGUGGUGAUGAGAUUGCUGUUGAAUGGCACCACAACACCGCUGACGCUAGCGACGACAUCAUCGACCCAUCCCACAUGGGACCUAUCACCGUCUACAUGUCCAAGGCUGGCUCUUCCAUGUCAUGGACAAAGAUUGCUGAGGACGGUUACGACGGCAAAUCGUGGGCUGUUGAUAAGCUCAUCAAGGGCUCGUACACUGGCAAGCCAGGACAGCACAAGUUCACUCUGCCCAAGGUUGCACCGGGCGACUACAUCAUCCGCCCCGAGAUCAUCGCUCUCCACGAGGGCGACCGUAUUGGUGGUGCUCAAUUCUACCAAGAGUGCAUUCACGUAAAGGUCGGUGGCUCUGGCACUACUGCUCUGCCCGCCGGUGUUGCUAUCCCUGGUCACCUCAGCGCCCAGGACGCCGGUGUCCACUUCAACCUCUACGGCUCAUACUCCAGCUACCCCAUCCCAGGACCGAAGCUCUGGAAUGGUGCCGGUGCUGCUGCCCCUGCUGCGCCCACCACCACCAAGGUCGCCGCACCUGCCGCUACUACCACUAAGGCCUCUACCCCUACCACUACCAAGGCCGCCGCCCCCACGACCACCGCCAAGACCACUCUCGCCACUGUUGCUAAGCCUGCUCCUACCGCUGGUGGUGCUACAGCUCAGAAGUACGGUCAGUGCGGUGGCCAGGGCUACACCGGCGCUACGAGCUGCGCUUCAGGCUGCAAGUGUGUCAAGCAGAAUGACUGGUACUCCCAGUGCUUGUAAGCGCUCGUCUAAGUUGCGGGAGUUGUCGGGUUACAAAAAAGGCGACGCUGGUGUCUUUGUGUGUAGUUCAUGAUGGACUUCUUUUUAGUACAAUUUUGUUAGUGUUUAGUAGGCUUUGCCUCCUGCAAUACGCGGCUUGAGCGUCGCUGCUUUCGAUUCUUGUGUACAUACUUAUACCUCACGACGAAUUGGAAUUGAUGCCUUUUCGGCUUUAUCGGUCUCGCCGCUCUCUUUAC